UCAUUUUGUAUUCUCUCCACUUCGGAGUCACAAUGAUGUUAAAAGGCUUUCGGCCAAUUGUUGAAUUUUUCUUUAAUUGUUAACCUGUUGAUUUAAUUAUUUCCAUUUAAUUGUUCAAUCAAAUAGUUUCUUUUUCAUUUAAGAAUAAUAAUCAAUUUUUCUUUAUUCUUUUACUCUUUUGUUGAUAAUCAAUUUUUUCGUUUUUUCUCUUCUCUUCUAUUCACUUUUUUUCUUUUUUAUUUAUUUUGUUCUUUUCUCUUUUUCUGCCUUAUGUGCUUUAGUAAUUCCAUCCUUUCCACUCUGGAUUUUAUUCACUGUGUUGGUUCGUUUUCUUAUUUUCAUCCUGAUCCCUAUUUCAUUUGGAAGUUUGAUCAGUUAUGGAUGAUCGUAAUUUCUUCUUGUUAAAUGAUGAUUAUGAGAUUAAACCAACAACUACCCUGAGGAAGAAGAAAAUCACAAGCAACAAGUGUUAUUAUUAUAAUUUGUACUUUUCUUCGUGUAAAACUGUUAUUGAAGAACAACUGGAACAACAAGAGAAACAACAGCCACUAAAAGACCAAGAGAAACAGUAUUGCUUUCAAAAAGAACAAAUAAAUUCUCUUCUAUUAUUUCAAAGAGAGAAACAAGUAAAAGGAAAAUAUUUAUUUCCAUUACAUAAACAACCACUAAAACUACAACCUUUUACUCUUCAUCUUUUAAUACUAGAGAGAAAAUAUCAACAAUUACAAUUACUGCAAGUUUAUCUUCAUCAUCAUCAACAACAACAUCAAUUUUCAACAUCAUAUUUCAACUAUAACAACAACUUAUCAUUUCCCUCCAUCAUCAGUGUUAUCCUAAAUUUUGUUUACUCUCUUUUCACAAUCAACUUAUACCUGACUACCAUUAUUACCAAUACCUGUAUCACCAAUUCACAGAAAACAAUUGCUUUCUCUUAACCAGAAGAUAGAAUAACAACAAUAAGUAGUAUAUCGUUUAGGUGAGAGAGAGAAUAAGUGAGUGAGAGAGAAGAAAAAAAAAGAAUAGAAAUUACGUGUUUCUAAUCUUUCUCUCUUUUUCUAUCCUUCUCAUUUUUCUCUAUCAAUUUCACUUGAUCAUUUUUUCUUCUUCUCUCAAUCCCUUGCCUAUUUUUACCUCAUUUUCUUUCUCACUUUUCCUUUCUCUCCCUCCUUCAUCUUCUGUCACCAUUACACACCACUAUUACCACCAUUACAAAUAUCACCUUUCAUAAUCAAUUCUUCAUAAUCAACUAACCUUAAUUCUCGCUUAAGGUUAUCUAAUUAACUUUCUACCAUCCAAAUAUAGAUAUAUAAAUAUAUCUAAUAACUAUAUUAAUAUUUACCAUUUUUUUGUGAUCAAUUGGGUUUAACUAAAGCAGAUUGAAUGGUAAAAAAGGCCAGAUUAGAGACGGAUGAGAGUCAACUUUUACUAGGUUUGGUUGAAGAGGCUGAUUCAAUUGAGCAUCUUCGCCAUUCUCAUCACCAUCAUCAACAAUCAACUCACCUUCAUAAUCACCAUCAUUCUCAUCAUUUGGACGAGGAAGAAGAUCUUGACGAAAGAAGGCAAAGUAGAAGUAUGAGUAGCAUGACCGGCACCAGUAACUCAAGUCCUGCUAACUCAUUGAGAUCAUCAUCACCGUCUCCGGUGGCCUGCGGGUUAACUUCAAACGGGUCCAACUCAACGGGGAACAUGAAUGACACCAUCAACACCAAUAACAGUAAUAACAGUAGUAACCACCUAUCUGAAUCACCUCCUCCAUGUGUUACCCCGAAUAGUAAUCACCGUGAACCGGAUCCCAAUGCCAUUAAAAUGUUUGUCGGACAAAUACCACGUGAUUGGUCUGAACUUGAGUGUCGAACUUUGUUUGAAGAAUUUGGUGAAAUUUAUUCACUAAAUGUACUCAAAGAUAAAUCUUCUGGACAUAGUCGAGGUUGUUGUUUUGUUACCUUUUAUUCCCGUAAAUCGGCCUUAGAUGCUCAAAAUGCUCUUCAUAAUAUUAAAACUUUACCUGGAAUGCAUCAUCCCAUUCAAAUGAAACCAGCUGAUAGUGAGAAUCGUAAUGAAAGGAAACUUUUCAUUGGUAUGUUAUCCAAAAAAUAUUCCGAAACCGAAGUCAAGCUUAUGUUUGCACCUUACGGUAUAAUCGAGGAAUGUACAGUACUUCGAGAUGCUAAUGGACUUAGUAAAGGUUGUGCUUUCGUAACCUUUACCUCUCGACAAUGUGCAGUUAACGCAAUCAGAGCAAUGAAUCACAGUCAAACUAUGGAAGGUUGUUCAUCAUCGUUGGUUGUUAAAUUUGCUGAUACUCAAAAGGAUAAAGAUGCUAGAAAGCAACAACAAAUUUUAAUGCAACAUCUCGCAGCAGCAGCAGUGGUCCAUCAAACAUCCACCCCAGCACCCGUAACUCUGACAGCUCCAACAACCGAUCCAUAUUUAGCUUUAGCUGCUGCCGCAGCCUCAGCUCAACAACACCAAACAAAUACACCGACCCCUGUAACCCUUACAACACCAGCCACCGAUCCUUACCUGGCCUUAGCAGCAGCAGCAGCAGCUUCAGCCACAGCUCAGCAACAACACCAACCCAAUCCACCACCACCAGUUGCUCUUACCCCAUCAACAGCAAACCAAUAUCUAGCCUUAGCAGCAGCAGCAGCAACGGCUCAACAACAUCAUCACCAACAACAAGUCCAACAACAACACAUAGCAGCAGCGACACUAGCAAUGCAACAACAUUAUUCUGGUUUCAAGUAUAAAAGAUGUUCAAUAUUGACCAGUAAUGGUCAACCAGGAAAUCACAGUUAUCCAACAGCCACUCAGACUCAAGCUUCCAUUUCCAAUGCCGCCCAUGCAGCGGCCGCCGCGGCCGCUUUCAACACCACCUCGGGUCUCCUUCACGCACAUCGAGCCAGUUUAUCGGUAACUGGUAAGCCCAUGGAGGGUCCAGAGGGAGCCAAUCUUUUCAUCUACCAUUUACCGGCUGAGUUUCGAGAUGAUGAUUUGGCUCAAAUUUUUGCCAACUUUGGUCGUGUUUUAUCAAGCAAAGUAUUUAUUGACAAACUCACCCAUUUGUCAAAAUGUUUCGGUUUUGUUUCAUACGAUAAUGUUAUCUCAGCCCAGGCUGCCAUCCACGCCAUGAACGGCUUCCAGAUUGGAGCGAAACGGCUUAAAGUUCAAUUGAAAAAGUGCAAAGAUAAACCAUAUUGACCAGUAUAUAAAUAUAUGAAUAUACAACCUUCUUGACCACCUAUUUCUUCAUCACUAUCAACAUUUCAACUAAUUGGUAUAAUAAUAACAUAAAUAUAACUACUCUCUCCAUCUCCCAUGUUGACCAAUAAUGCAUAAAAUUAAUUAUAUUGAUUAUUAUUAUUAAUAUUAUUAUCAUUGAAAUAUAUAUAUAAAUAAUUGAAAACACGUACAUAUGAGUACAAGAAAAUAAAACUUAAAUAUUGGAAUUGAAAUAAAAUUAAGAAAAUUUCAAUUGCAACUAAAUUGA